CAUGCUUCUCUUCCCUCCUCGCUUCCUUUCAUCCUUCAAUCGCCUCAUUCUGCCAACCACGAGGCUUCCUCUACAUUAUCCCACACACCCACCUGUAUCACUAUGACUUCUCGACUAUGACGGACGUCUUUGUCCGAGGCAUACAUGAUGUCUCGAAGUUUGCUGCACUGGCUCCCAGAACGACCCGAGUGACACAAAGGCUCCCAGCCUCUUCCAACCGAAGCUUCAGAUACCACACCCCGAGACGAAUAGCACUAUUCCAGAGUCCUUCAAACAGCUAUGGCACCCAUGCUUCCGGAGAACUCUGUAGGAGAGAUAUUCUAUCGGCCGAAGGAGGACGCUCACUCGUCGCACCGACAGCGUCCCACGCAAACUUCAGCGCAACAAGGUGUCCUUUCCAAGUACAGACAUCAGCGCUAGGCCUACAUUUAACCAGAAGGAACGCUGAAUCCUGGCCACGAACUCGUCUGACCCGGGUGCUCCGAAGAGCCUUUCACCAGAGCCAACGGCGCACGGAAAGGUCGAAUUUGAAAAGAGAAGGAGUGGAACAAGAAGCAACGAACAAAGCCUCGAAACCCAAAGGACUACAGGAACAGAAUGCAGCCAAGGUUGAGGCAGGACCGGAACAGUCCCAUCACGAGCAUUUUUACGACAGAAUACACAUGCCGCAGUUUCAUCGUCCGACAAAGGAAGAGCUCCUGGCGGCCGCCACUGGAUUCUGGUCGCGACUCAAGGUUCGCUUCAAGUGGUUGACCAUUAAGAGCACUCGACCAUUCAAUGUCGAUGAAAUUGUUGGUUUUAUCUCGUGGAUCGCGCUGGGUCAUGUCAUCUGGAUUGUCGUAGGAACCACGACCUUUGUAUCACUGGCCAUACUUGCCAUCAAUACGGUCUUCGCUCAGGAAACGUUGGCUGGCUGGAUCGGCAAUUAUUUGACCAAGUCAUCGGGUCUUCAAGUGGUGUUCGAAUCGGCCAUCGUUCCAAAGUGGAGUGAUGGAGUCAUCACAUUCAAGAACGUAUUCGUCUCAAGGAGGCCCGGCCAAAGCAAGUCUCGCGUCAUAAAGGGUUCGCCCGAGGCAGCUGCGCAAGCCUCUUCAGCAGAAGACCCUGUGCCGCCAGAGGAGCAGAAUUAUACACAAUUCGACAUAACUAUUGGCGAAGUCAACGUCACACUCUCGUUCAGCAAGUGGUGGAACUCCAAAGGGCCUCUACAAAACGUCGAGAUCAAACACAUCCGAGGCGUGGUCGACCGAACCCACGUCUUUUGGACCGACGAACCGAUCGACCCCAAAUCAUACCGUCACGAACAUGUCCCGGGCGACUUUGAGAUUGAGUCUUUCAAGAUCGAAGACCUCCUCGUCACCGUCCUACAGCCAGAAGGCUUCCGCCCAUUCCCCAUCAGCAUCUACAACGCAGAUCUCCCCCGCCUACGUAAGCAGUGGCUCUUUUACGAUUUCCUCGGUGCGAACAGCAUGACAGGCGAAUUCGACCGAUCCCUCUUCACCAUCCAUCCUCGCCAGACACACUCGUACACUGGCGCCACGUUACAGCAUUCGGACGAUCCGUCCAACGAGCCGUGGAGAAAGCAAUCCCGAAUCCGUAUCGACGCAAUGAACAUUGAUCACCUCAAUCGUGGCGCCGUCGGCCCCCUGUCGUGGAUCCACGAAGGCAACGUCGACAUCGUCGCGGACGUGAUGAUCCCCAACGACUGUGAAGAAUCCGUCAUGAAGGUCAUGACGGACUUUUACGAGCGGAUGGAAGACGCGCUCACCUCACGCAAGCGCUUCGACCCCGUCCCUGCUCGCGACGAUACGACCGCCGUAUCAUCAUCAUCAUCAUCAUUAUACGGGGACGACGGCGGCGCCCUGCCCACGACGUCCACCGGGCUCAAGGCGGCUGCUGCUGCCGCCGCCGUUAGGGAAGAAGACAAGCGCUUCCUCGUGAUGGAUCUGCGCAUCCACCUCAACGACGUCCGCGCCGUCGUGCCCCUCUUCACCCGGGACCUGUCGUACAUCAACAACGCCCUCAUCCGCCCCAUCGUGGCCUACAUCAACUCCCGCCGGACCUUCAUCCCCAUCAACUGCCGUGUCGUGAAGCGUCUGUCCGACUUUGACGGCAGCUGGACCGUCUUCGACUCGGGCCUCAUGGACGACCUGUCGGCCGAGGUCUACGACGCCUUCGCGAGGGACGUCACAGACGAACAGGCACGCCUGAGACGCUUCAAAAAGGUCGGCCUGUGGAGUUUGCAAUUGGCGGUCCAGGCCAUUUUCUUGGGCAUGGCGGGAAACAUUGCCUAAGAAUCCUGGUGGCUAUGACAAUGAUUUUUACGGGGAGUACUAAUGAAACGACAGCACACACAGACUCUUCUCUCCGUUUUUAAUGAACAUGGAACCGUCCAUCCACAUGAGUUGGGAUCACGCAAUGUACAAAAAAAAGUCUGGUUUGGUUAUCGAGUCGUCUUGUUUGGAUUCAGGCCUCUGAGCCCGGGGGAACAUGAAGCGAGUUAUGAGAUGCGAUGAGCGUUCUGGCGUCCCAAAUGUGUACAAAGAUGUUUCAUAAUCAGUCUAGGCCAACGGAGUCUGUCGGGUCUCAAUGAAUAUGCCUCAACUUUUGAUGUUUAUUAUGCCACAUGAAUUCAUGAUUCCUUUCGAGUCGAGUGAAUUCCUGUCCUCAAGCCGAUGAAGAGUUGCGUGAUUGAGACCCUCUUAGCCGUCGUCGAGAAGAACUUCCUAGUAUACCCAUAUGUCUUUUGGUUGAGACGCGGUUCGCGAGGGGCUCUUGUCGCUCGUGUCUUCUUCUCGACCAUUUGGAGAACCUCGACCUCGUUG